UACGCAUUUUAGAUGUCAUCCAUAACAAGAUACCUUCGCCUUCUUCAUGAAACUGAAUAACCAUCAGUCUCAUGUCAUAAAAUUCAAAAGUACGAUAGAGCCAUGGAUUCUGCUAGAGCAGAUGUUGCACAACCGAUCACCCCGAAGGCGGGGGAGCAAUCUACUGAAAAAGUAGACGCUUUCCUAGCUUCUGAACUCAACAAUAUGUCGGUCGAAGAAAGGAAUUUCGUAUUUGAGGUACGCUUCCUAUCGCGGAACGUUUGUGUGAUACUCCAUUUUCCCUCGUUUUCAAUUAGCCUCAAUUCUCAUUUUUAUCACCAUGUAGGAAAUCCAUGGAGUCGCUCAGCAUGCGGUAGAAGAGUUGUCAAUACAGAAAUUAAAUCGCAGCCUUCUUCUUCUAUCGGAAGCUCUCUACGACAUUAAAAACAAGCCUGCAUACGAUGAGGCGCAACGAAUCGCAUCAGAAGAAGGCCAUUCUACAUUCGUUAACGAUAGAAGCUAUCGCCUGAAGUUCUUAAGAGCAGAGUGUUUUGAUCCAAGGAAAGCCGCGGAGCGCAUGGUGAGAAACCUGGAUAUUCUCUAUCGAUACAUUGGUCGGAAAGGUCUAUGCCGACCAAUAUGCAUUGGUGAUCUCGAUGCCAAUGCGGUUGCAAUAAUGGAGUCAGGUUCGUUCCAACUUCUACCAUUUCGCGAUCGGUCAGGUAGAAGGAUUGGGGUUAGAAUCGGUCCCUUGGGCUUGGACUUCAUUUCAAACGAGCAGAUUGUGAGUAUCCAUGGCAAUGCCAACAUGCGUGAAUUCAUCUUCAUCUUGCGACAUAAUUUAUGCUUGACCAUACAUUUCAACGGCGCACUAACGCUUAAUUCGAAAUUACAAUGGCUACUGAAUAGAUGAUGAGAACGAUUCUUUACAUUUUUCACUGUUUAUCGGAAGACUUGGAGAGUCAGAAGCGCGGCAUCGUCAUGAUAUCCUUCCCUUCCAUUAACUUCGAUCCGUCAACAAUUUCAAACCCAAAGGCAAAACGAUUAAUCCUAGAAUGUUUAGAUUCAACAGGUAUCCGUAUUAGCGCCAACCACGUCUGCUUUCCAGAUACACCUUGGUUCCGAGCUCUCGGAGGUUUGUAUAUGAUGGCUUCGUCGCAAUAUAUUCGUGUAAGAACUCGAUUCCAUUAUGGUAAGAAUUCCUCGUUUUUGUAUUACCCGAUCUCUCAUGAGAUUCUGCUAAGUAAUCUCCGUGGUUGAACUGGAUAAAAUGGUAUCUUAAGUAUUUAUAACAUCGCUUUCUCUCCAGGUACCAUAAUUGAAUGUCGGUACAAGAUGAUGUCAUUUGGAAUAGAGAGCGGGCAACUACCCAUUAGUAAUCAUGGAACCAUCAAGACUCAAAAUCAGAAGAAAUGGAUCGCGUAUAGGAAAAUGAGAGAUCGUCUCAUUGAGGAAGGAGAAGAGGAUUCCAUUGUUGCUACUUUCUGUCCCUCUACGAACGAUGUUCUAGCCAUAGGAGGUACGCACUUUUACAAAUUUAUGGGCAAUAUUCGCUAUCGUGACAUUUUGGAAAGCAAUCUUCACCAUUACGACAAUGCAUCUAGCGUACACGAAAAGAUAUACAUCACAAACAAAGUUCUUCGUACUAUCGAAGAACGAGGCGGGCGAUUCUUAGCGAAGGACAACAACGGUUGGUGGACGCCCACGGAUAAGGAGGCCGCUCGGAUGAAGAUUAGCAAUGCAUUUCGGGAUUUGCGAAAGUCAAUGCGAGCUCGGGAGAAUCGUAAACGAAUGAACAGCGACACUCAUAAAUUUUCCGAAACCAGAGCAACUAAGUUUACGUCUUGUAUAUAACACCAAGAAACUGCCAAUUGGAUCCGUAUCAUAUUCUUCUACAUUGAAUUUUGUCAAAAAGCAACAUCGAAUCGAUUUCUCUCCAACCUUGGUUGGUAGAAGGAACAAUAUUAAAUUAAAGUUUUGAAU